GUCCGGUUAACUUUUAACUACGUAGAGACGAAAACCGGACACACCAGUCCAACCGGAGAGAGGAGGGAUGUCGUUCUGCAGGUUCUUCGGUGGAGAGGUCUAUAAAGACCACUUUAAACCAGGGAUUUAUGUGUGCUCCAAGUGUGAUCACCAGCUUUUCACCAGCCGCUCCAAGUACGAACACUCGUCUCCCUGGCCGGCCUUCACAGAGACCAUCCAUGAGGACAGUGUGUCUAAACAUCAAGAGAGACCUGGAGCAUAUAAGGUGCGAUGUGGGAAAUGUGGAAAUGGACUAGGUCACGAGUUUGUGAAUGAUGGGCCAGCCAAAGGUCUGUCUCGCUUCUGAAUAUUCAGCAGCUCACUGAAGUUCGUCCCUAAAGAUAAGGUCGAUGGACAGUAAAGUGAGCUGUGAGAGGGAAGUGCUGCUGGAUGUUUAGACGUUUCUCUGCGCUGCUGAAGGUGUGGACAGUGGAUGACGUGUUCUGGGAUAAAGCCCAAUCUGGGAGCGCCAGAGCGCUGAUGAACGGUGGCCACACUGGACAGCGAGAACAGAGGACUGAGCUCAAUACCUUUUUAUUUAUCACUAUCUCAGGAUAGCGACGCUGAUUGCACAGUGUCUCAUCACUUUUACAUUUAUUUAAAAUGACUGAGAUGUUUUGUGGUUCUAAAAAUUUUUCUUUUUUACUGGGAUACGAAUCAUGUUAAUUUACCUCCGCAUUUCUGCCUGUGGCUCUUCUGUUUUCCACCAAACUGUGAGAGUAAAAAAAAAAACGAGCAUACCAGUCUGUUAGAAAGAAAUAUCAUACCAAACUACGAAUCAAAAACUACAGAACAUGAAGAUUGCUCAUUCCGUAGUUUUUUAAUUUAUUCAUCGACAACAGCCUACCUGCUGCUUUUAAUGCACUAUGCACAAAACGAGUAAUAAUGCUAUUUUCACUCUUGAGAAGCUUUAUGUAAAUGGGUCCCAAUGACUGAUAUGACAAAUGAAAUACAUCUAUUUUAAAAUAAAAAAGUCCUUAACAUUA